GGGUUAGAACAAGCCGGCGCAUACAGUCGCUAAAGGAAGCCUCAGUGAGUUUCUAUCAGGCGUUGACGACAAAAGUUUGGAAUACGAUGAGUUGUGAGUGAGAACCGUUUGACUGGUGGCCCUCAGGGAUUCCUCCUCAGCAUAGUGCUAUUCACACCUUUAGUAGCGAGCAGAUAUUUUGCCACUUUCAAUAAAUGACACAGAAGUAGUGGACUGAUGUGGACAGGUCAAAAGAGGUGGCUAUAGGCAGCAGAAUGGGAAAUAUUGUUUACCUAUCGGACUGUCUGAGGCGCUUCUUUGCUUAAAUUGCCUCUGGUAGAGAAACGAGGUUGUGAAAGGUUGGAGCUUCCUUACCCAAUUGCCCGCCCCUUUUCAAUAAGAUCCCCUUUACAGGUUUAUAUUGUGCACUUGCUGUCACAUGGUUAAAUUCACAAUGGAGGGAGUGAACCUAAUUACAGCCUUGCUUCUGGGAAGCCUCAGUGAGUACUGAUAUUAAAUUACCGUGAUGGGCAAAUACUAUUUUAGUCCCUACAUCAUCCAGAAACUAAACUUAACUGCGCACAAAUUGGUGAUCUAAUCUGAUGUUUUGAUGUCUCACAGCUGAGCAGUAAAACUGUUUUACUGCUUUCUGUUUCAGGCUGGAUGUCUGUCUCUGUAUCCGAGCCUCAGAAAGUUGUCCAGCCUGGUGAAGAAGUCACACUGACAUGCAUCAACAUUUCCACCUAUCCAUCUCACACAGAGUGGUUCAGAGUGACCGGCAGGACCAAGCCCACCUGUGUCGCCUCUAUGUACGGGUCUGAUGGCAAAGUUUCGACCUGUGUGGGAUUUGAACAUGGAUUUAAAAUGAGCUCCGACAACAUGACCAUUUAUCUUAAAAUCGAGCAAGUGGAUUUGUCUCACUCUGGACUGUAUUUCUGUGGAUUCUACAAUGCCAGACAUACAAUCAUUGCCAACGCAACUCUUUUGAUUGUUCAAGAUAACAGUCAAUCUGGUGGUGGAGCAGAUUCUAAUAUUGAGAAAGGGCCUGAUGGAAUGACAAAUCUAAUGAGUGUGAUCCUGGCAGGUCUAACUCUUUUCCUCAUCAUAGUUGUUAUUGUUCUGGCUGUUAAAAUCAAGAAACUUCAGACAGCUGUGAAUGAAGAACCAGGAGCAGAAAGAAACAAGGAUCUGCGCUCAGAUGAACCGAACUACGCGGCUAUAAGAUUCCAGGUGAAUCAAAAAAGAGGCCGAAGACCUGCAUGUGAGAGGGAGCUGGAGACAAAUGUUGUGUAUGCUGCCACCAGAUAAUAGAUUGUGGGUGACAAAUACAAUUGAUGCU